GGGGAGAUUUAUGUAUUUCCGGUUACUUUCUUUGGCACUUCCGUUCAUUUGUUAAAAAUGAAAACAAGCUAAUGCGCACUUUAUUAGCUAUUUACUUCUUCCGUUCACUAAUCACAAUAUGGACGUAUACGUUAUGUACACUACAAGUUUGUGCUUCUGAGUUAAUAUUCUUAAGUGAUUAAUUGGAUGUACUGUCAAUUAGUAUUUGAUAAAACGACACAUAUCGGUUAGCUCACCUAGCGUUAGGCUAAAAACAGCUAGCUAGCAGUUCAAGCUAAGCUAGUUUGUGAUUAGCUUUCCAUGUGCGUGAGAGGCAGCAAUGGUGUACAAGCGGGGCUUGAGGCUGAUGAUAAAGCAGCUGGAUAUGUUAAUAAUGCCGUAUAUUUCCUUUGUACUCGUACUGUUGUUUUAUCCAACUGCAUACCAGCCCGGUGAUGCGUGUGCUAGCGUGGCGAAGGAGGGGGGAACCAGCAGCGCCGCCACCCUGUUAUGCAGGGCGUGCGGACAUGAGCUGGCGGUCGGUUCGGACAUCCACUUCGUUCCCAGUCGACUGGCGCUGUCCAGCCGAAACGACACGAUGAUAGGGGGCCGAAGGGUUAACAUCCAGCUUUUUGAAAACCCCCACGGAAACCAGUUUGAGGUGAUUACGUUCAGAAAGGCAGAAGUUACCCAGCACUGGCCGGCAGAUAAACACUUCUCCUGGUUCCCAGGGUUCUCAUGGACGGUGGCCACCUGUCCUCGGUGUAAAACUCAUUUAGGUUGGGCCUUCCAGCCCAAUGACUGGCCGGACACCGUCACAAAAACCAAAUUUGAAGAGUCUGAGCACACCUUCCUGGCUUUAAUCACCCAUCGUCUAUUAAGAGAAGACUUUGCCUCCAGCCUGCUAAUGACUCCAAAAUCCUUCAUGAGCUGAUCCACUUAACCCAGGUGCCUUUGUUGCUACCCAAUUCUAUUUUUUUUUAAAUAAAUUCUAUGCACCCACAUGUAAACACAGUAAGUUUUAUUAUUUUUAACAAAGCAAGUUUAAACCUCAAAUUUUAAACAGUUUUUUCUUUGCAGCAGAAAAGAUAAAAGGUGAUUAGAUGCAACUUCUGAGAUAACAGGUAUUUUUAUUCUACCCAUGAAGCAGUGGGGGCCAAAAUUUACAAGCUUUUUUUCCAUUUUGUUCUUUAUUAAAAAUGUCAUUUCAAAUCUCAUGGAUAUCUGUAAAACAAUACAAUGAAAAAAAAAAAGUCCCAUAGAAAUGGUGUCAAAAUAACCACUCUCCCCAAUAACCAACAUACUCCUGGCCCUCCCCCUAAACAUUACAAGUCAAAGGAAUGAGCUGGUACUCGUUAAGCACAUAGGGGGAAAAUACGUUUCAAGGGAUCAACACCCCCACUGAAAAAAAGAAGAAAAAAAUGGAGGGAAAAUUGAGGUCAACUAGCGCUGGGUCACUACACCAUGGCUUUAAGUCAAUUUACCACACAAUCGUUAACAGGAGGAAUUCUGUGCGUAUUGUCUUUAAUUUCUACUCAGGAUGCCGUGCGGAUUCUAUUUUUUAUACUUUUAUUAUUUUUGAGAUGACUUUGGGGAUGGUACUCACAAUUCAGGGCAAAGUGCCAUUGGCCUUAUGAUGAGUCGAAGGAGAACAUAACAUAACAUGGCACCAACAAGGUGAAGAGGCUUCAGAGUGGAAAAUGAAGCACACAUUUAUAAAAUAAAAAAGUAAAAAA